GUUUUUCGAUCCUCGAUCUGUUUUGAUAUUCAUGAUAGGAAAGAGGUAAAGGAGUUACCUGCUUCCAGUCAAAGAUGACGUUUGCACUGGAGAAAUAUACGUACCGACCAUGUUUGGUAAAGAGCAUGGCGAUCGAUUGCACCGCCACGUCUCUUUGCUGUCGGUAAUUGAAGGAAGCAUCUCCCCCCUAGCGGGUCUGGACGGUUACCGUCAUACCGCACCAGAAGUACGUACCUUUGGUUACUCCUCCCAGGCUAAGCCUAAUCCCCUCGGAAGGUCCGAUGGUUAUCUUGAGUGCCGAUGGUCUGUCAUUCUUCUGGAAAUUGAAGGCACUUUGCAGGAAAUAUCAUCAUAUUUACUCCAUAAUUCUCAUAGAAAGGCUGGCUUGGUGAUGAGUUGUUCGCUGAAAAAGCAAUCUGACCGCUGCCUGGCUACACUCGGAUCGCCAAUGCAGACCGUACAGCAGGUAUCUACACACUCAGUCUUGGAUUAUCGGGACAUCCACAAUGGAACGAAUCAGCCUAAAGAUAGGGCGCCUGCAGGGUUAUCGUCUUUGGGUUAUCCCUUCCACCACCAGCCGUCUACAUCAUUGCGAGCUGCAGACUAUGAUGUUAUUUCUUGGGGCGGAGUACUCCAUGCGUGGUGUAGCACGAUGUAAUGAGUGAUUCAAGAUGCAUAGAUGAAAUCCAGCCGCGAAUCGAGGAAUUGCUUGACCUCCCGAAGACUUGUAUUAAACUUGGAAUUUGCUGGCUUGAUUAUCGCUAUCUUUAAUGCUGAAGCAUGGAAGCGAGAGGAACACAUAAGUUACAAAAUACUGUGGCAGCUUACCCAGACAACCGGAGGGACGCGACACCGCCGAUUAGGAGAAGUAUGGAGCCACAGCCGACAGCUCCGACUCUCUGGGGCGCCCACAGGCUUCUAGGCUCUCUCCGACUAUGGUGACGGUAACUAUGGUGUCGACGGAAGUUCUUUUACUGCGGAUGUAGAAUGGAC